CCCCUCGGUGGUUGCAACAUCAUAUCCAAAGCCCUGCGUCCACAACGGCAAUCGCCUUUACGCACCAGCGAGUGGAGAAUCGUGCAGGAGACCCGCUCUCCUUUCGCAUUACCUUGCUCACAUUAUUUCCUAACAUUUGGACUUAUAUUUACUCAACAUUUGUGGAGCUACUCACUCGCUUGGACUGGACUAUAGUCUGCGCGCAAACGUCGUGCGCAACGAAGAUAUGAGAAUUUUAUCCUGAAACCACAUUUUGCUAAAUGCUGCUUUAGAGUGAAGACGUGCAAGGCACCAGCCUACACAUGGAGUCCAGGGUUCCCCACCACAUCCCCGGAGUGUCCUCCUCCCUCAUAUCUCAGCCCCUGCUGGACAGUCGAGUGCCCUAUGGCCGACUGCAGCACCCUCUCACCAUCUACCCCAUCGACCAGAUAAAGUCCUCGCAUGUGGAGAACGACUACAUCGACAGCCCGGCCAUCGUCUCCCAGCAGCCUCCGAGCCAGAAGUCCGUGAACCGAAGAAUCACCUGGCUUGGUCAGAAUCAGGAGGCCUUCCUGGGGGCAAACCACAACCAUCAUCACAAUCACCAACACCAGCACCACCAGCAGGGCAGGUGCGAGCCCCACCCUCACCAGGACAACACUACUCACCCUUGGAUUUCCUUCAGUGGAAGGCCCAGCUCUAUCAGCAGCAGCAGCAGCACCUCAUCUGAUCAGAGGCUGCUGGACCACGCUGCGCCCACCCCAACAGUGGACCACCACCCAAACCUGCACCCCCAUCAGGGCCCACUCAACACAAUCACUACCCGAACUCCAGGCUGCUUCACUUCCGCUGAAUCAAAAGUCCUCACCUCCUCUUCCUCUGCUUCCUCCUGCUCCUCCUCCUCUAAAUCGCUGGACCUCAAGUCUGCAAAGAUGCCUGCGGGAGGCGUGUGCACCACUGGAGGCCAGCAGGGGUUGGCGCUGAUCCCCUCCUCCCCGGCCGAGAAGAAGCAUCUCAUUCUCUGCGAGCACUGCGGGAAGUGCCGAUGCACGGAGUGUACGCUCCCCCGAACCCUACCCUCUUGCUGGGUCUGCAACCAGGAGUGCCUGUGCUCUGCUCAGAGCCUGGUGGAUACAGCCACCUGCAUGUGCCUGGUCAAAGGGAUCUUCUACCACUGCACCGAGGAUGAGGACGAUGAGGGCUCCUGCGCCGACAAGCCCUGCUCGUGUUCCCAGGCUAACUGUUGCGCACGCUGGUCCUUCAUGGCUGCCCUUUCAGUUGUCCUGCCUUGCCUGGUCUGCUAUCUGCCAGCUACAGGCCUGGCCAAACUGGGACAGAAGUGUUACGACAAUGUUAGCAGGCCCGGCUGCCGCUGCAAGAACUCGCAGGGUGGUGUGAGCUCCCCCGUGUGUAAAAACGGUGGCGUGGAAGCAAAAGUUGGGACAUUAGAGAAGCAGCAGCAGCAGGGGUCAUGAUAGUGGCCCAAAUUGGCUAGCAGUGGCCUUGCUAAAAAAUGGACAGGACCACACAGUACUUGCUUGCUCUCUAUGGAUAGGACAAUCCAACACCAACCCCUUAAACUACCCCAUUAAUCUGCUGGAAGGUGACUUAUGUAAAACAAAGGUACUUAAAUGGCUUCUUGACUUAUGUUUGAUAGGAUGGAUGAUCAAAAGGGGCCUGAUCUGAGAGAGUUGGCUAGUAUGAAUAGCUACCAGGUCCCCUGAGAAGUUUUUUUGUUUGUAAGAGUGACUGAACAAGAAAAAGAAGAAGAAGAAGAAGAAGAAGAGACUAGAUUGUGGGACUGGUGUUUGUGUUGUUUUGAAGGCUGAAGGCACAAAGUCAUUGUACCUCUCUGCUGCUCUGUAUUUCUCAGAUAAUUUUGUAACGGUAACUAACCAGAAGCUGGUUUGCUGAUCCUCGGAUAGCGUAAAAGUUAUUUGAUAAAGAUAAAUAUCUGUACGUCCCGCUCCCACCCCUCAAAAGCACAGCCCAGUGUCCCUCAAGAACAAGUGAUUACCUGUACUGUGCUUUUAUGAUAGGCCACUGCAAGAGUAAAACCACCACUUACUCAC